AUGUGGGCUCUCCGCUCGCUGCUGGGGCUGCGGUGCGCGGCCGGGCGCGCCAUGUCGCAGGGGCCGACUCGCCGGCCGCGGCCGCCCAAGGACCCGCUGAGGCACCUGCGCACGCGGGAGAAGCGCGGCCCGUCGUGGGGGCCCGGGGGCCCGAACACCGUGUACCUGCAGGUGGUGGCGGCCGGCGGCCGGGAUGCAGGCGCUGCGCUCUACGUCUUCUCCGAGUUCAACCGGUAUCUCUUCAACUGCGGGGAAGGCAUCCAGCGACUCAUGCAGGAGCACAAGCUGAAGGUGUCUCGUUUGGACAACAUAUUCCUGACCCGAAUGCACUGGUCUAAUGUUGGAGGGCUGUGUGGAAUGAUUCUUACCUUAAAGGAAACCGGGGUUCCAAAGUGUGUGCUCUCUGGACCUCCACAACUGGAAAAGUACCUGGAAGCUAUCAAAAUAUUUUCUGGUCCACUGAAAGGAAUAGACCUGGCGGUGCGACCCCACUCCGCGCCGGAAUACCAGGACGAGACCAUGACCGUCUUCCAGGUCCCCGUCCACAGUGAGUGUGAACAGGUGAAUGGGAAGCAGCAGCCAGCGCAGAGUGCAGAGAGGCUGAGUCCAGAGCCGUCUCCAGACCCGGGACCGGCGGAAGGGGAGCAGUACCUGGCGGAUGGUGUUGGCCAGAAAAUGCACGGCAGGGACCCCUCCUUGGUUGUAGCUUUUGUCUGUAAGCUCCACAUGAAGAAGGGAAACUUCUUAGUACUCAAAGCGAAGGAGCUGGGCCUCCCAGUCGGGACAGCUGCCAUUGCGCCCAUCAUUGCUGCUGUCAAGGACGGGAAAAGCAUCACAUUCGAAGGAAGAGAGAUUUUGCCUGAAGAGAUCUGCACCGCCCCAGACCCCAGGGUCACUUUCGUUGUGGUAGAAUGUCCAGAUGAAGGAUUCAUUCAGCCCCUCUGUGAGAAUGCCACCUUCAAGAGUUUCCAAGGAAAAGCUGAAGCCCCCGUGGCCCUGGUGGUCCAUAUGACCCCGGAGCACGUGCUCCUGGACAGCAGAUAUCAGCAGUGGAUGGAGAGGUUUGGGCCCGACACCCAGCACCUGGUCCUGAACGAGCACUGUGAGUCGGUCCACAACCUCCGCAGCCACAAGAUCCAGACGCAGCUCAGCCUCAUCCACCCCGGCAUCUUCCCCCCGCUCGCCAGCCUCCGCCCCCAGGAAGGAGGGCUUGCCCCCUGCGUGCCCCUGGUCCGCGGCCAGUGUCUCCUCAAGUACCAGCUCCGGCCCCGGCGCGAGUGGCAGAGGGAUGCCAUCAUGACCUGCGACCCUGAGGAAUUCAUUGCCGAGGCCCUGGAGCUGCCCAAUUUCCAGGAGAGCGUGCAGGAGUACAGGAAGACUGUGCAGGACUGCCCGGCCCCGGCGGAGGAGAGAGGCCGGUAUCCAGAAGUGGUCUUUCUCGGAACGGGGUCCGCGAUCCCCAUGAAGAUCCGGAACGUCAGCUCCACUCUCAUCAACAUCAGCUCCGACGUGUCCCUGCUGCUGGACUGCGGCGAGGGCACCUUCGGGCAGCUGUGCCGCCACUAUGGGGACGAAGUAGACCGGCUCCUGGGCACCCUCGCCGCCGUGUUUGUGUCCCACUUGCACGCGGACCACCACACGGGCUUGUUGAACAUCCUGCUGCAGAGGGAGCGGGCUCUGGUGUCGCUGGGGAAGCCGUGCCACCCGCUGCUCGUAGUGGCCCCCACGCAGCUCCGGGCCUGGCUCCAGCAGUAUCACACCCAGUGCCAGCCGCUGCUGCACCACGUCAGUAUUAUUCCUGCCAAAUGCCUUCAGAAAGGAGCCGAGGUCUCCAACCCCAAAGUGGAAAGGUUGAUUAGUUUGCUGCUGGAAACCUGUGGCUUGGAGGAGUUUCAGACCUGCCUGGUCCGGCACUGCAAGCACGCCUUCGGCUGCGCGCUGGUCCACACAUCCGGCUGGAAGGUGGUCUAUUCGGGGGACACCAUGCCCUGUGAGGCUCUGGUCCAGAUGGGGAAGGACGCCACCCUCCUUAUCCACGAGGCCACCUUGGAAGAUGGCCUGGAAGAGGAAGCCGUGGAAAAGACACACAGCACCACCUCCCAGGCCAUCGGCGUGGGGAUGCGGAUGAACGCAGGGUUCAUCGUGCUGAACCACUUCAGCCAGCGCUACGCCAAGAUCCCGCUCUUCAGCCCCGACUUCAAUGAGAAAGUCGGCAUCGCCUUCGACCACAUGAAGGUCAGCCUGGGGGACCUCCCGACGGUGCCCAAGCUGAUGACGCCGCUAAAGGCCCUGUUCGCCGGGGACCUGGAGGAGAUGGCGGAGCGGCGGGAGCGGAGGGAGCUACGGCAGGUGCGGGCGGCCCUGCUUGCCAGCGGGGACGCGGAGCCCCUGCGGAAACGGGCCUCCGCCGAGCAGCCCCCGAGCCCGCCGAGCAAGAAGGUCAGGGCCCAGUAG